CCUCCAUGCUAGCAUAAAAGACUAACUUCCGGUUACUUCCGGUUAGUCUUUUUCACAACAAACUACAACUUUUGCUAAACUAGACUAGUUUAGCAAAAGCAAAACUAGAGUAUCACUCAAAGCAACACGUAUACCAUUUAAGUUAACCCGCACAGGAACACAAUAGUCACAUAAUAACGUUAUUGUGAACAAUGGGUUGUUUGGAUGUGAUUAUGUGUUUAGAAAAACGACUACCGCCAGUAACUUCCUGUUAUCACCGGCUAGUUUUUCACAACAAAGUGCUGAUUUUGAUAUUUUUCUAAUUUACCUAAACCAGAGCGUCACUCAACGCAUCGCCUGUGUCAUUUAAGUUCCCUAAAAUUAUGAAGUAUUUGCCAUAUAACAAAAUGCAAUAAAUAAUGGACUUAUUUCUUGUUUGAAUGCGAUGUGUUGGCACGAGGCAACACGGAAGUCUAUGCUAACAUGACGACUACAGUGUGAAUGUGACAGGCUUGGCUCCUCUAUCACCUUCACCUUCCACAGCAAGACACUUAUCAGCUCAUGAACGUCAUGUUUCCAUCAAUGAACCACAGCUCCUCAGUGACGGCAGUGCUCAUGCAGCCUCCAGAGGCAAGAUUCAAUUCUCUUGACCACGCGAGAAGCUGCUGUUAUUUUCGGACAGAAGGGCUUCCCCUCUCCGUGGACAUGACAGAUAUACAGGAUUAGAAGGUAAUCCUGCGUGCUCUCAUUGAGCAUGCGCAGAGUGAGGCGCGUCGAAGGCAAGCUCCGUCUGCAGUUGGGAACUCCUCGACAAAAUCUCAUCCUCUUCACACUUAGUGAUGAACUAAAGAAGGCCUGACGGUGACCUCUUCCUCCUAGAAGCCAUCGAGGCAAAAAAACAGACUUUCUUUUCCUCAGAUGCCCGACCGUCCAGCUCAUGGACAGGGAGAGUGGGCGUGACAUGUCCACGAGUGCAUCAAGAACAGGAUGUCCAAAUGUGAGCUGAUCGAACUGAAGGACCUCAGCGUGAAUGAUCCCAUCGAGCUGGUGGCCCCCGGGCCUCGCGGCGCUCCGAGUCGAGUCGGCCACUUCCACCUUGUCCGUCUUGUCGGGAACACCGUCCGUAUCGAGGCCCUGCCUACAGAGACGGGAAGCGGCCACGACUUCCAGCCCUACGGUCAUACUCACCUGAGCUGGUGUGACCUGUGUGGAGAAUUCAUCUGGGGUCUUUAUAAGCAGCCUCUACGCUGCGCCAAUUGCAGCUACACUUGUCACCACAGAUGUCGAGCGCUCAUCCAGCUGGACUGCAGCACAGACACAAGUUUUCCAGCAGAGCAGGUGGAUUUCUCUGUGGACUCCAUCGAGACGGACACCAACGUGGAUGAGCAGACUGACUGGCCCAAGCGGGAGUUAAGUGUUGGAGAAGUUCAUCAAAAGGUCCAAGAGUACAACGCUCAGAUCAACAGCAAUCUCUACAUGCUGCUGAACAAAGAUGGCUCCUACACCGGUUUCAUCAAAGUCCACUUUCAAUUAGUCCGUCCUGUCACCCUGCCGCCUCCUCAGGACCCAACACAGGAUGAGUACGAGCACAGCCGGCGGUUGCAACGGCGGACGUCCUUCUAUCUCCCCAAGGACUCUGCGAAGCACCUGCAUAUCAGCUCCUGCACACGAGUGCGAGAAGUCAUCCAGGCUUUGCUCAACAAGUUCACGGUGGUGGACAACCCUGCCAAGUUUGCUCUCUUUGAGCGCGCCGACAGACACAGUCAAAUGUACAUGCGGAAACUGAGUGACGAUGAGUGUCCCUUACGGCUGCGCUUGUGUGCGGGACCCAGUGAAAAAGGCCUGAGUCUGGUCCUCAAGGAGAAUGAAACUGGGGAAGUUAAUUGGGAUGCCUUCAGCUUUCCCGAGCUGUGCAACUUCCUGCGGAUCCUGCAGCGUGAGGAAGAGGAGCAUUUACGGCAAAUAGUGAAGCGCUAUGCUUAUGCUCGAGACCUGAUGUCGAGGGCCAUGGCCAGGAUUACUGCUCCUGCUUGACUUUGGGCAAAUCCACAAUAUAUACGGAACUCCAGUGUCAAAGGGAACGACUUGUUUUAAUAAAGUUUACCAGAGGUACUGGAUGUACAUUUAAUGUGAAUGUUUUUGUGACAGCAGUGCCAGUGUAAAUAAGUAAAUAACUGGAUUGAGAGUCAUCCUGCUUUGUUUAGGUUAUUUGUCGUGGUUUCACAAGCACACCAGUCAUAAAGAGUAGUUUUAUUUCAUCAAAUGUUUCAAUUAAAACAUGUUGGCACUUUAGUGGCGGUGACUGUGGAAAUGUGUUUGAUAAAUUGUGUUUAUAGUGUAAUCUAAUAAACUGAUGGUUUGAGGGGUUCAUGAGUGUCAUUUUAAAAAGUAAUGUAGAAAAAUGAAAAUAAUUAACACAUUAUAGAACGAAAAAAACUUGCAGUAUUUUCUUUUCACCCAAGACAAUUUAAUGUAAAAAAAAAAACAUGCAAGUUUGUUUU